AUGAAACUAAUAGAUGGUUUAGUUUGGGAAUUUAAAGGAAGGCAUGUGGUGAGGAAGGAAGGCGAAAUAGUUCUCGCUGGUGCCAAUCCUUCCGCUGAAGGUGAAGAUGCAGACGAAGGAACCGACGAACAUGUUGAGCGAGGAAUAGAUUUCGUCUUGAAUCACAGGCUUAUAGUGCGCCCUUUUUUCUUUUGUAUAUAUAUUUUGAAAGUCCUAUCUUACUGGUUAAACUCGCUCGGCUGGCUUGUCGCACCGGACAAAUAUGCCACGGAGUUGUUUGGCGAAAGAGGUGCAGGUGAAUUACCAACAUCACUCGGAUUUUUGAACAAGUUUAUUCCUGCGGGAAAUAGAACCCAGCAUCGGCGCUUCGAAUUGAGCAUUCCACAGAGCCAUUCUAUUUUCAUAGUUUAUUCUUCUUCUAACAGCUCUCACCAUUAG